CGCAUUUUACAACACGUGCUACGCCCAAAACGGUCACAAAAGCCGAUCACUCGGCUCGCUUCCCUGAAACUGGCGGUGCCCUUCUCUUACGUUCGCUUCCAUGCGUCGAAGCCCCGCCCGCUUACUUGAGCAAUAUGAUGCAGUAUUAUCUCAGCCGAUUGUGCUUUGGGGCAAGGCAGAAUCGGAAGAGCAAACGCGAUACUCGUAGAUUGCUGGUUUGGUAGCGUGUGCUAUCAUGUUAUCGGUGGUGAGAAGUCGAGGUGAGGGGGGGGGGAAGGUUGAGAGAAUUCAAGGGUAGGGCAUAGAUCUCUGCACCGUGGGGUGACACCAGAGAUUCCGGGCUGGUGAGACGACUCAUGGAGUGGGUCUCAUCACGCAUUUAUCCUGAGGGGAUGGGGGAAGAGUGUUUCCUGGGAAUCGAUCCGAGAGAGGGAUGGAUAGAAGGAAGGAAGGAAGGAGGGGGUUUUUUGGUCUUGAUGCAGACGCGGUUCAAACCCCAAUUGGCGUUUCCCGUGCGUUGGGGGGAAGGCCCGUUUACUGGCAGUGGAAGCCCGGGGGAUCGUGUUUUCAGCUCUGGAGGAAGAGAGAGGUGAGAAUUUUUUGCCAUUGAGGAUGAGAUUUCAGAUGAUGGUUCCAGCUGGGGAGGGGGGGGCCAAAAUGCGUAGAAUUGAGAUGAAGGCACAUAUCAAUGCGGUUGUGCCACUCCAAAUAAAGUAAAACGCGACCUUGUGUGGCCACAAUAAGUACCCAACCCCCCCAUUUUCUCUUCGUAAUCCAGUCCACAAACCAAACUUGCUCGCUCCUUUCCCUUCAAGAUGUGCGGACUAACUUACAACCCCCUCAACCCACCAACAAUGAUUCACGCACCUCUGCCAAAACAUUAUCACCACCACCACCACCACCAUCAUCAACACUACAAUCAUUAUCCUCCGAAGCCUCCGCCGUCACCUGCCCAGCAGACGCUCACAUCAACAUCGGCGUUAAAGCUCAAAUCCCAGGCAAACACCCAUUCCCUAAGACGCGGCUCGAAAACCUCGUUGCCCCGUUCCACCACCGCCGCUACAACAACAACAACAGGGACAAAAACAAAAAACCUCCUUCUCCGCCGAAAACUCCUCGCAAAUCUCGACUCGCUAUCACCCUCUGCGAUCAAAUUCUUCUACGCGCAGCCAUACACGCACGUUGUACCGUCCAAGCGGCCGAAGUGUGACAGUGCAAAGUACUUACCGAGUAUCCCGAGUAGUCGCGAAGGUGCUGACGAACAUGAAUUCAGACGUCUGAAGCGGUGUGAAACGGCGGGAGAUGAGUGUUUGAGGGCUGGAGAGAUACUGCGCGAUCGACGGAGGCGAAGGCGGGUGAAAAGGCGAGGCGAAGGUGGAGGGCCGGUUACGAGGAGCAGGGCUCGUGCGAAGGAGAUGCUUGAGAAGAUUAAUACGCGGUCGAGGACGGCGACGAAGUAGCUCGUAUCCCUGACGGUCAUCUGCAUACGGGAGGGAAAAAAGAGAGGACCGGAAAGGGUGCGGGUGGUGGUGGUGGUGGCUGUGGUGUUUAUAUUGUUUGGGUGUUACUUUGGGUUUUUAUGUUCAUGUUUUUUUUUUGAGCGUCCAUUUUUCUCUCUCUUGGGGGGGAGUAGCAAUGGUUAAUUCGGGGGUUUAUUUACUGGUUUAUAUUUUUAUCCAUCACGGUAUCAUUGGGACAUUGGAGAAUUUACAAAGGGAAUUGGUUAU